AAUUUUUUCUUUUUUAAACAUCUGUAUUCUCCCUUAUAAAUAAAUUUUUGUUACUUUUUUGUUUUAUAACUUUAUGUUUUUGUUAUAACUUUCUUCUUCGAUGCAGUCGAUCUGCUUUAGUUCAUCAAAAUAAUGCCUCGCGGAAGAUCAACCUUAGGUCGUCGUGGACGAGUAAUUGGAAAUCAAACUGCGGAAGGACGGGAUCAACGAACGAGCGAAACAGACAACGAAUGGCUCGAGUACAUGCCGAGGAAGCAGCAGAGCGAAGCCAGACUUGAAGAUGUACGGUUGCGAGCAUUGCUCGAAAUUGGAAGCAGAAUGGUGCCG